AGAACAAUAGAACAAGAAUUAUCGGAAGCUGCGAUCAUCAUUGUGCGCCUUUUCGAAUCGCACAAAGCGGGACUUUCAUCCAAAAGAAAAAAAGUGUUCUUUCUGCAACUUGUAGGUUUUUUACAUUGAUAUUCCUUCAUUUAAAAUGAUUGAUAUGAUUGAGAAAGAAGACACCAUUAUCAGCGAAGAGGAAGCUGCUCAGUAUGACCGUCAGAUCCGUUUGUGGGGACUGGAUGCACAAAAGAGACUGCGAGGAUCCCAUGUGCUCCUGGUUGGACUUGGGGGUUUGGGUGCUGAAGUGGCAAAGAAUCUAAUUCUGGCUGGGGUUAAAGGUUUAACCUUACUGGACCAUGAACAGGUGAACGAGGAGUGUUGCCAGGCCCAGUUCCUGAUACCAGUGUCCGCACGUGGCCAGAACCGAGCUCAAGCGUCUCUGGAGCGGGCCCAGGCGCUCAACCCCAUGGUGGAAGUCAAAGCAGACACACAAAAUGUGGAGUCCAAACCCGACGAGUUCUUCCUGCAGUUUGAUGCAGUUUGUUUAACACGAUGCUCAUGGAAGUUCAUGAUGCGGGUGGACCAACUCUGUUCCCAGAAGAACAUAAAGAUUUUCUGUGGAGAUGUCUUCGGUUAUCAUGGCUAUAUGUUUUCAAAUUUGGGCAAAGAACAUCAUUAUGUUGAAGAAAAGCCCAAAGUGCGGAAAAUCACAGAGGAAGCCUCAGAUGGACCUGAAGCAAAGAAAGCGAAGGUUGACCCCAACGAGACCACCAUGGUUAAAAAGACGGCUAGUUUCUGCUCCUUGAAAGAGGCUUUUGAAGUUGAUUGGACAAGUGAUAAAGCUAAAAAGAGCAUCAAGCGCACGCCAAAGGACUACUUCCUCCUGCAAGUGCUGUUGAAGUUUCGUUCGGAUAAGGGCCGCGACCCCCAGCCUGCUAAGUUCACAGAGGACUCUGAGCGGCUAUUGCAGUUGUGUGAGGACGUGCUACAGUCCAAGGGUCUCCAGGGUGACCUCCUACCACAGGACUUCACCAGUUACUGCUUCUCCGAGAUGGCGCCGGUAUGUGCUGUGGUUGGUGGAGUGCUCGGCCAAGAAGUUGUUAAGGCCCUGUCCCAAAGAGACGCUCCACAUCGGAACUUCUUUUUCUUUGAUGGUGUCAAUGGAAGUGGUGUGGUGGACUAUUUUGGUAGGGAGUGACGUAACCCAUGAGACGGUUUGGAAGGUGGCAUGCUUUCCCAAGGUGCCCUCGCGAAACCUAUUGUACUCUCAGCAGGCCAGAAUCAGUGAUAUUGUCAUUUGUCAUCUUUUCUGUAUAACACUUUCCCUCGUAUGUCUUUACUUUGAUAAAGAGAAAUCCUACUGUACAUAGAGUUAAACAACACCAAUACAAAACAAUGUAAUGUACUUGUCUAUGUUUGAUGAUGCUCCCAUGUAUACAAAGUAAGCCAUGCUGUAUGACUUUUCCAUUUCUACAAGUUUUUUAUGUGUUUUCCAUUUUCCUCUGCUCAGUUACACAUUUUGAACAUGUGCUCUUUGCCAUUCUAGAAAUACAGGAUUUGGUUACAAAAAUGU